AUGCCCAAAGGAGCGGAACAGCGAGACCAUCGCAAAGCCUGUACCCUCUGCAGUACAUUACAAGACGUACUAGUCCGCUGUCAGAUUGACGAGUCAGGCAAAUGGCACUUUGUUUGUCCAGGAUCAUGUUGGAAACAGGUCAGCGGUGGCGUGAUCGAUGGCGACAAGACUGACGAGCACAAGUUCUAUCGUUAUGGUGGCAUGUGGAAGAACAAGCAUGAUGCUGUCAGUGCGAAGAAGCCGAAGAAGAAGGGGAGCAAGACGGCGGUGGGAAGCACGACUGAUGACCUCGAAGAACCACAUGAGCACGACGACGAUAGUGGCGUUGCAAUAGACGAGACUUGA